UUCUCGCCUUAAUUUUGUUCCCAUUCAGUGUCCAUAGGUAUAAACGCGUUCAUAAUCGACUGCUGCAGCCGCAUCUUAGACUUAGGCACAACACUUGACUUUUGGCACCACGUUUACAACUUGGUCAGCACGCCGCAUGUGGGCUUCGCAAAGCAAAGUGAUCUGUCAGAUCACCAUGAACACAGUAUGAUGCAUGUGUGUAGUCUACAACAAGCGAUGGUCCACCCAUAUAGUCACCCAAAGCUAUAAUGAAGCAUCUGGAGACUUUGCAGGAAAGAUGUCUGAUCAACGUUGGUCACAACCUGGAGUCCUAUCCCCCAGACCUACUGUCCAGACUACCUGGCACCCUGGUGGCAGGUGUCGUACCUCACCUGUGCCAGCAUCACCUCAACAACUGUCAUGAUGAUAUUGUUCAGACAGGUGUUGACCCAAACCCAGUGUGGCAGACCCUCUUUGCAAGUCACUUCAAGUGGGAAUCCAGAACAAUGCUAAGGGCAGAGAAGACUGUCCAGUCCCAGGAUGCUUGUUUGGAAGACAAACCUGACUGGAGACAGCGGUACCUACAGCGGUACUUCCACAGACUACUGUGGUACCAGUCACGUCCACACAAACCACAGGAGGAAAACCACAGAGAAACCCUCCUGCUGACUCCUAGCUGCUCAGCCUGGUGUCUCCAUGCUGCUCAGGACCUGAUGUUGUAUGGUCCACAUGUCCACAGACUCAUUCUGUAUGACAGCAGGGUCUUCAACUACAUCCUACAGCACCAGCACCUGCACAGAUGUCUCCAUGAACAUGUGGAACACCUGGAGCUGCGCUGGUUCCGAGGCCUGCCAGGUGUAGGGACCUUCCUGAGGAGAUGUCUGGCAUCACCUGUUUCCAGGCUGGAAAAACUGACCAUGUACGGGGUACCCGGAGGUACAGACAAGUCAGCACUACAACUACUCAGUCUGUGUGCAGGCUCACAAACACAUGCUAACACACUCUGUCCUCACUGUCACACCCCACGGCCUAGUCUGAAUGAUUCAAAUGUAGAGGACUGUUCAAGAGUUGACAACUGUGAUGUCAAACAAAGUGGUAAUAUGAAGAGGACUUUUAGACCACAUGCUGGUCAUUUGACCAGAAUUCCACCACAUUUACAGAACACACUCGCCCUACACUCAGAUGAUACUCAUCGGGACAACAAUGAUGAGCAGGAUCAAACCUCUAGAUCUCCCAGGGGAACAGAUACCAGCCACUCAGUCGAUGAAAGUGUUUGGGACACUAAAGACAGUGACUCGGAGGAUCUGUAUGAUAUUGCAGUUAGUACUGUAGGUGCAGGUUGUAGUACACACAAAGACACACGUGUAAAUGUGAACUGUUUGGAAGAGGAGCUCCCCUUACUGCCAGACUGUACAUGUGAAACUACAUGUCUUCCUGGACAGAACUCAGACACUGACAGGAUCACUGAUGAUGAGAGUCUUCCCUUGGUGGUGCCACCUUCCACCAGACAUCACAGCACAGUCAGGGAAGUCAUCCUGCAUGAUGUUCUCACAAGUCCAGGUUUAAUAAGGAACUUCUGUGGCCUGCUGAAGACAUGGUACAGCUUGGAAAGGAUCAGCAUCAGUGGAGGGUCCUACGACAGUCUACCCAAGGAUGAAGUCAUGAACAGUCUGUUGGCGUGUCAGAGGAAAGGAGGGAAGUUAUCACAUCUGUUCCUGGAGAAUGAACUGCUUUCCCAUUUUACAUUUCCUAACAUCCUACUCAGUCUGCUGCAAGCCAAACAAAGCAGAGUUGCUGGACACAGCUGUGCCUUGGACUCCCCACGUCUGCAGCAGCUGAAGCUGCACCACUGCAUUGCCUGUGGCCAGCGUGCCUCCCACUGGAGACCUGUGUGCUGGGAUAGCUUUCCUCUUCUGUCCUUGGAUGGUGUCAUAAGUGGGAUUGUGUCUGUGGACUUGUCCUUCUGUAUACCGACUCUGGAUGCACAACCCAGCCGACCUCUGGACAUGAGUGCCUUAACAUGGCUCCUCACACAUGACUCAGCAAUCCGCUCACUCAGACUACACAACUGUCAGCUGUACACAGAGGAGCUGGUUUCAAUCUUUAAUGCCAUUUCAGAGUCUCCAGACAGCUGCAAGUUGGAAUUGCUUGAUGUGUCCUUCAACAACUACAGGUCAGAGAAAGGCUCGGGGGCCUUGGCUCAGCUGAUUACCAAGUCUCGCCUGACUUGUCUAAAGAUGGAGGUGGUUUCUUCCAUUUCUGCUGGUGGACUCCCCAUUGUUACACCUGAAGUUGUUCUUGCUUUAAGGAGGAAUACCAGGCUACAGGAACUGUGGCUGUCUGGAAACAGACUGGGUGAUGCAGGUGUGGAGACAUUGAUGCAGGUGUUUGCACCGGAUGGUAACAGCUGUUUACAGGUGCUGGCCCUGAGAUCCAAUUUAAUUCACACCAGAGGACUUCAUGCCAUCAACCAGGCACUUGGGAAGGGUGCAGACUUGACGACACUGCUGAUAGGUGGGAACUUCCUGCUGACAGAGCAGGGUGGGAGGGAGGGAGUGGAGGACCUGCGCAGACUGGUGGGACAUGUGGACACAGGACUGCCUGCCUUCAUGGACUCUGCAGCACUCAUGGUAGAACAUGUGGCUCAGAUGUAGAUUUUAUUUCCAUUGUUUCUUCAUCAUUAAAAAGCUUUUGCAGUUUCCUUUCUUGUGAACUUAUUGUGAUGGUAAACUCAUGGAACAAGCAUCAGGCCACUAAAGUUACGCCUGCCUACCUGCCUAUAUGCACAGGGCAGGUACUGGCCCCUUGCUCCUCUCUGUCAGGUACUUCCAGCCAACAGUUACUCUAUCAAGGGCAAUAGUCUCUGCUUCUCUUAGGGUAAGCCGUGUCAACGUAAGUGGGUCACAGGAAAAAAAAGUGCCAAAAUUUCUCUGCCAGUGUUCAAGGCUAUGUUGUCAUGGGCACAGGUACCAAAUUAUUUUCAGUACAUGGAACAACUUGGGUUAUUUUGAGAGCAAAGUUCUGUUUGUGCCAAGUUUAGUAGACCUGCACCAUCAUCAUUAUUGCACAGGUUGGGGUUAUUGUCCCUUAUGCAUGGGGAGACAUACCUUUCAUUAGCUAACUAUAAGACGGGCUGAGAUGGGAUGUGCCAGACCUCUGUCCGGGUAAACCAAAUGACCAUGUGGCUAAUACCAGACAGGUUCACCAGGCCUAGCCUCCAUCCCGGUGAUUUGAAGUGAAUCAGCUUUUGAUCUCAGGUAUUUUGAAAAUGUAUAAAAAAUGUAAUGGACAUUUGAUUUUAGAAAUUGGUCUUAAGUCCUUACCACUAGUUUAUUUGUUCAAACAAAAGGAAACACUUAUCAGUGUCAUGUUGGGACAGUCUACAUUCUACUAGAUAGAUCUGACUUGGAAAUUAUAAGUCCCACAUUACAAUGACAUAAUUGUAUAUCUACAUGACAUUGUAUAUUCCUCACUCUUUGAUAUCUUCAAUGUCAAUGUUGCAAAAGAGGUAAAAAGUUUUCAAGUUCUGUCCUAGGCAGUGCAAGAUGGCACCAAAAGUGAUACAAUGUACAUUUCUUGCGUCAUAAAGCAGGUUACAGUUUCAUUGUCAUUGGUUGAUCUUUAAUUUGUUGGACAAUAAAAAUGUUGGCCUCACAGGCAGUUGUUUCUUUUACU